AUGUCAUCUACCAGUGGUAGUUCGGCAGAUCUAAAGCAUCUUUUUUGCGUUCGGACGGUAACGUGCUUUGUGUCCUUGCAGUCGGAAGAUCUGAAUCACUGUCCCAAAGCCGGCGGCGACGGUCUCACGAGUACGAUCCGAAAAGCUUCGGAUGUGUUGAGGCAUGUACAAUCUGUACUAGAGGAACACGGAUACGUAGUUCAGACGACUCGUCUAGUUACGAAUCCAUUCGGAGAAUGGCUCUUGCCUUUAACCAACGGUGACACCGCGAUCACGGUACGGACAACAAUAGCUAAAAUUGACCGUCUAUUGGAACAGCACGACAUUGAAUUCUGCGCCCUGGGCCCGGCGAGGACGGUGGACGAACUACCCGUCUGCAUCAAUAUUUGUUCACAAUCCCAUCGGAUAUCCUGUUCCGCUCGUUUGGAAGCGAACGACGUCGCAAUGGCACGAGCAGCCGCGGAAACGGUGAUUGCCUUGUCGAAACUGGAUCACGGUCCCCACGUAGCGAACGGCCUCGCGAACUUUCGAUUCUGCGUCGCCUCGUCAAAUUGCAAUCGUGACGGAAGCCCGAUUCCUUUCUUUCCGGCCGCUACGACGAUACUCCGGACUCCCGGUACGGAAAUGACCGUGGCAAUUGGCCUGGAAAAUGGAGCACUGGCCCACGAGCUUAUUGGCCGUUGUCGCUCGAUCGCCAACAUACCGACAGAGUUUGCCCGUGACAUGACGAAGGCUCUUACUCCUCUACAGGAAGCAUGUGAGAAAGCCGUUUGUGACUACAACACAUCCGCAGGAUCAGCUAUACGGUACUUGGGGAUGGAUACAAGUCUAAAUCCAUCCUUGGACCCAACGUUGCAAGGUUCGGUUGCAGCUGCUAUCGAAACACUAGACGAGGUUCAGACUUUUGGCGGACCAGGAUCUUUGGCGGCUGCCGCCGCCAUUACGACUAGCAUUCAGUCGUUACCUGGAAUUCUACAAACGGGAUAUUGUGGUCUCAUGCUUCCUGUCUGUGAGGACCGACGAUUAGCCGAACUCGCCGACUCGAAUGCAAUCCGCAUAUCGGAUCUCCUCAGUGUUAGCCACGUUUGUGGCGUCGGUGUGGACACGGUUCCCAUUGCUGCCGAUUCGUCUAUACAGGAGCUGCAAGGGUUGAUGUUGGAUGUAGUGGGAUUAGCUACCCGGUGGGGGAAGAGCUUAAGCUGCCGCGUGUUUCCUGUACCAGGCAAACGCGUCGGAGAUAUCACUGCUUUUGAAUCUCCAUAUAUGAUCAAUGCAAAAAUUCUCCCGAUUUCUUAG